AUGUCGUCUUCUCGUCCUCGCGGCCGAGUGGGCCAGAGAAGCCCUACGGUAUUGGUUACCGACUCACGCGAACAACACCCACCAAAUCCACAGCGUCGUCGUCGCUCUCCAUCAACCCGAUUCAUCACCGUCGAUAAUGUCCUCCAAUAUGCCUCCGAUGUCCCCUCUAUGCAACAGCGCCAUCCACCCCCGAACACGCGUGCUCGUCCUCGUUCGCGCCUUGCAUCUGCUGCCGGAGGAUUGAUCGGAAGCUCAGGGAGCGCGGGAAUCCAUGGUGGAACGGCGAGUUCGUCGGGGACGGUUGGUCGACUCGCAGCGCAACCGCGUCUCCCUCCGCGCAGUACGAAACUCAGCGAGAAGCUGGUCCUUCUUCCGGAGACAUCGCAAGUGGAAGAAGACGGUGAUGUCGAUGAAGAAGAGGAAGAAGAAGAGUAUGAUGACGAAGCGGUGGAUGAGGAAUUGGUCGCGCGACUUGCGAAAGAUAAGGGCUGGGAUCCGGAGCGGAUACGGCAGCAAUUAGUAACGCAGAAGAAACUCGGUGGUGAUUUUGGGGUGGAUAAUGAUAUUGCACCGUUGCUUGCUGAGGAGGAAUUAUUGCGUCGUCGCAAGGUUGCGCCUGAACGGGCGAAGAGUUAUGCUGAGCGAUUGCCCAAGGCUCGUCGUGCGGAAAAGCUUGCGCGUGUUACUGCGUACUGUACGGCGCAGGCAUAUAAGAUGAGUUCGUUGGCUUCGUUUGUGAAAGAGCAGCAUGGGGGACGGACGAAGCUGUACGAUGACUGUCUGUACACGGCGUACCAUUUGCCGCUGUUGCCGGGCAAUGAUGGGUAUCGACUGCGGAGUAGCCCGAUGGUGAAGAAGCCUGGAGGCAAGUCUCUGCUUGAUGAAGAAAUUGAGCGGAAUGAGCUGCGGGACUACCACGACGAGUUCAAUAUGGAGGCGGAAGAGCAUUCGGUUGGCGGUCGUCGGAUGCACCAUAUGGAGGAUGGUUUACAUCAACAUGAGCAGGAAACUCCUGAUAGUAUUGACAGGAUGAUCCAUAACGCCAACCAUGAGAAUCACCGGAUGGAUGAAGGAACGGAGACACUGGAGCGGCCAUCGAGUGCACCGGGUAGCACCAGUCAUGAACACCUCCCUCCGAGCGAUAUCCAAGACAGACAAACAGAAACGAGGACAACAAGCACCCCCUCCAUGUCCGCCGCCGCCGCCCGCCUUGCAUACGACGUAGCAGAAAUGUUCGUCUUCAGCUACGGCGUGGUCGUCUUCUGGAACCUAACAGAGAAUCAAGAAAAAGAUAUCCUAGCCGAUCUCGCCUUCGCCACAUCGUCCUUAACAGGGAGUCCGAUCCCACUAGCCACCAUGCCCUUACAGGAAGAAGACUUUGAGACCGAAGAGUUCCACUUCGAAUACUCGACUGAGAUCUCGCGGCCGCGCGUGUACAACGAUAUGAUCACUCUACGAAAUGGCGACCACAUGAUCAAACUAGCGAUCAGUCACGGUAUAGCACAGAGUACCAAACUCUGCUUCUUCGAAGAAGUCAUGGCGCGACAAAUGGCAGAAGCCAAAGAUGUCCCCCGUCGUCUGGCCGUCACCGGUAAACUAGGCUUAAAACGAGAAGAAGUUUUCAGAAUCCUAGGACGCUUAUUCAAAAGCCGAGUCGAAGUCAACUUGUCUUCAAAUAUGCUCGACGUACCUAACUUCUUCUGGGAAAGCGAACCAACACUAUACCCUCUGUACAUUGCUGUUCGGGAGUAUCUGGAAAUUAAGCCGCGGAUUCAGGUGCUUAAUGAACGCUGUCGCGUGUUUUUGGAUUUAGCAGAGAUUCUAUCCGAUUCGAUUGCUGAUACCAGGACUUCUCACCAAACAUGGAUCAUCAUCGUCUUGAUCGUAAUCUCCAUCCUCGUCACAACAUCAGAAGUGUUCCUUCGCUUUGGUAUGAUUUCAUCCUCGUCAUCGUCUGCUGCUACGGUUUUCGCGCGUGCUCUGGGAUUAGGGUCGGGGUCGGGUUCGUCAACGGGUGCAGGUGCAGGCGUGUGUAAUUGUCCUGCGAUUCCGGAGUCUAUGAAUUCGACGGGGUUGGAGGUGAAUUAUUAG